AUAAAACAACUGUCCUCGCCCAAAAUACCGUCAAAAUCUGUCCACCGAUCUGCCUCCGUUUCUGGGUCAAAUAACAGCAGCCGUUGGAUAGCUUUCGUGAUUUGGCCUACCUUAAAUAUUUCUCCUAAUCCCAUUCGUUUAUCAUCUCAGACUCAGAGGUCGGUAUGUUUCUUCCAUAUAUAUGCCAUCCAUAGCUGGCGCCAUAUUUGUCGAUUCCGAGCUUCAAUCUCGUUGAGAAUAUGUUCGAAGCGUGGGAUCUUCCGUUCUAUAGAUCAGCCUCUUGGCUAUGGCUCCCCGACCGCUAAUCUUCCAGCUGUUCGAUUCAGCGGGAGGAUUCUAAGUCCUGGUAGAUUUGCAGGCGUUGUCUUGUUCCUGACAUGGAUCUGUAGAUCUCAACCUGUUAAUGCCUCCAUAAACUUGCUUCCACAGAGGCACUUUGUCCUCCUGCUGUGGCUUCUGGGCGAGCUAGAGGGAGCCGCAAGGAGCUUGGGUUAUGCUGCGACGGGUAAUCGGUGUACAUCUGCUGGUGGUUGGCUUGCCAUCUACCGAUCGAUGUCCAAUUCAACCAUCUUCAAUCUAUCCGAAGCUGGAUGUCCUCGCGAGGGUUAUUACCGGUGCGAAAGGGCCUUUCAAUUAGGUUGUAAAAGGGGACUUCAUCAACUGAUCUUGGGCAAUGUGGCGAGGUUGUGCUGCUUCUUCAUGUUGGGUAUGGAGGAUCCUUUAGCUGCUGCUGCUGCUGCUUUGCUGGAUGCUGUUGUGAGAUCUGUAUCAGUAGUGGCAUCAGUUAAUAUGGGGGAAUAUGAUGUGUACCUGGUUUCUGUGAUGAGCCGGUAGAUUAUAUGUGUACUGGACAUAAUGCUCAUGUUCUUGCUUGGUGACGGAGCGUUCUCUACGAUUCUGUAAAAGCUGGAUGGUUUCAAUGCAUUGGAGAUGAUGUCUCUCAGCAGAGCGCAAACUAUGAAGUCAUGUUACUUCCGGUUCUGCCAUCAUGUGGUCCAGAGAUGGUUAAAAUUAGUUCAAGUCGUCAAGUGGCAUGCCUCCAUCUAUGAAUAUUGCAGUUCCUUUUGUAAGUCCUCGAAUCAGAAUUCCAAUUUACAACCCUUGAUCGGUGAAAUUCUUGUUUAGUCCAUUCGUUGGGUGCACAGUUGGAGGAAAAUCACAUGUUCUGGGAUCAUUCUUGUAGACUGGAUGCUCAGAUGUGAUUUCUCGGUGAAAGUUCUCCAGUAAUGAUCCCUCAUGGGUUGGGCGCAUUAGCGUUUUAUUUUCUUGUUGAUUAGUUCAUUGCAUUUGAGCUGUGUCUUCAUUUCCUUUGGUUCUGAUUGUUAGUAGAGUUGAAUAUAAUGGUGUAACAGCGUAUCCUUGUCGGUUGAAGCUGCGACUCACUAAUGUUUUGGCUCUCGCUGUUCAGCCAGGUCAAUGCAUUGUUUUCCUAGCUCCUUGUCCUUCCAUGCAUGUUUCCUUCAUUUAGUUUACUUGUCUGGCUGGUAUGCUAGCAUGCUAUUAAAAUCUGGUAGUGUCUGUUGAGAAUCCGGUAGCACGAGUCCCCCGGUUUCCUGCGUCUUUAGGGAGAGAGGAAGGGUCUGAUGCUCAACAGUUAGGCGCGAGCAAAGUAUGGAUGUGGCUAAUAAGGGAGAGUUAGGGGCAGUUGCAUAUGUUGUAAACUCUAGCGGGAAAAAAAAUCAGUUGUCGGCCAUCCUGUU